AUGGUGUUUGCCGUGCCCCCCUCCUUUCCCCUUGGCCCAAUUCAUCCUGAUACAUUCCACAAUCCGACACGCCUCUCCUCGAAAUCGCGCUCUCGUUCGUCCUCGUCCCGGCCCCGCGACCAUCUCGAGCAUCUGAUCCUCAAGCACGGCUACCCCACUCCGGUCUCCCUGUCCUCCCUACGGGAUUUGACGGCCACCUCCUCCACUUAUAACCCGCCCACCCCUCCUCACCACCUGCGACGCUCACGUCGAUCGGAAUCAAUUCCCAUCGACGCCUUGGACUCUCUCACCCUCUCUGCCUCGUCAACCCGGCCCAUUCCAAUCCCUCGGCGUCCCCACGGCCUCGAGUACGACGACCAUCUUCCCGUCACACCGCUGACAGGCCGCUUCGAUCACGACGACUACCUCGAAGACUGGGAGCGUGCCUCUCUAUCCGCUCGAUCCAGACACCUCCGCUCGCCGCCUGGGUCAACCCGUUCGACCCGGCAUCACCGUCCUCCUUUCUCUCCCCCCAGAAUGCGCGCCGAUCAUUCCCCCUUCUACUCGCCCGUUGGUUCACCCACCAUGUCCCCGCGUCGCCCAAGUUCCCCACAACCCUCACGCUCGCGCACCCAAAACCCAGCCAAAGCCAUGCCAGGCUUCCACCUCGGCAGCCUCCCUCGCUUUCACCCAGCUGUCUACCAGUCCAGCACGGGUGGCCACACAUUAACCGGCCAGCCGCCGUCUCCCCGGCAAUCCCGGCAACAAAAUUACCGCACGGCAUCCGGGUCACGCGACAUCAAAUGGCAGUACCGGGACCUGCUGGACGGCUCUACGCAAAGUCCGUCCGCGCCGCGCCUUGAUCCUCUUCGCAGUCCGGGUCCUGUCACGCCGCUGGCUCUCGAAUCCGCGGACUACCUCGCUGCCGGUAAUGCCGGUACCGCCGGGCAUGGCUCCCGUGAUGCUGCAGGUCAGCACUCGGGUCCGUCGCCGGAUCUGGUGGAGAAGCUGAUCGCGCGCGAGAAUGAGAAGGCGCGGCAGAAGAACCGCUUGUCUGCCAAAGGCCGAUGA